GAAGUUGUGGAUAUUUGGGAAUCUUUGUUAACUUUAUUAUUCUUUCCAAUAAUGGUGAUAUUUGCAUAUGCUCAAGAUAAUGAAUGGUGGUUGAAGAAAUGUUUUAAGUUAAAAAGAAAUGAAAUCUGCCUCAAAAACCAGAGAAAAAUCCUGAGCAACAAAUGACUGAUAACAGAAGUUUUGAACAUUCAGCAGAUAUAACAAAUACUCAGUCAGUAAAUGCAGAAAACCGAAGGAAAAUACAACCAAGUGAAUUUGAAUUGCGUAUGGGAAGACGAGGUUCUGAAUCUGUCGUUCGCAGGAAGUUAAUGAGUGAACAGAGACGUACAUUUUCUAGAGGAAGUCUUUUUAGAUUCCUUCAUAAAGAUUUGAACAGGCUAUCUGGUUUCAGUAAUUAUAAAAGAAGACAAACUAUAACAUCAGACGAGACACAACAAGGACAUUAUAAUGAAGGCAAAGUAUUCUUCGACGCGCAUACAUACACAGUACACUAUGGUAUUGAGGAAGUCAUUUUAUCCGUCAUCUAUCUAAGAUCUUAUUCAAGUAGAGACUUUCAUGACAAGGUUUCUAGAGAGUCUCUUUUUGAAAAUAUACAGCAUGAAGCUGUUAUAGAAGAAAACACUUCAAAAGAGUCAACCAGUCCGAAUGAGGAAAUAAGUGAAGUAAACAAUAUUAAUGGUAGCAAACAUGAUUUGAUGGAUAAAGAGAGUUUAACAGUAUUUUUCGAAGUAAGACCUGGCACAGCUUUACCUGGAUUACACUAUAUGCCUACUCCUAAAGGAUAUAUUCAUUUUGGAAAGGCUGACACAGAACGACAGAUUACUGUUAAACUGAAUGCAAACAUAACAGAAGAAUAUACACGAGAACAAAAACUGGAGAUAAUAUCAAAAGGAAAUACUCAUUUUUCAGUUGCAUCACCAAAUGAUUUGGGUAAUCCUUCUGUGGCUCGAGUUCUAUUAGUUCCUGAAGAAGCAAUCAGUCAUUUUGAACUACAAUCAAGCCAUUAUUAUCCAAAUCCUAAAACGCCUACAAUAAGUGUUGUGAUAAUAAGACAAAGAAACUGUGAACUUGAAGAAACUAUACAUGUUGUCACAAGAGAUGGUAAUGCGAAAGGUUGGAAAGAAGAUCACUGUCAGUCUGGAGAUUAUGAAGCCAUUGAUGAGAAUGUCUUAUUCAAUAUUGGUGAAAAGAGAAAAGCAAUUGAGAUUAAAAUAAAACCAGACAGAGAGAGUCAAAAGUACUUUUUCGUAGAACUUCAUGAUUCAGAGAAUAAAACAAAGAUUGGUAAUCAUACAGAAGCUAUAUGUUUCAUUAGACCAAUUGAAAUUAUCGAAGAUAAUGAUUCAGAAAUUGGAUGGAUAGAACAGUUUCGCAUGGCUGUUUCUUUACUUCCAAACUAUAAUGAAAAUGGAGAUCAAAUACCGUCGACAAUUGCUCAAUACAUGGUGCAUGCGGUUACCAUUGUUUGGAAAUUAAUUUGUGCAUUCCUCCCUCCUAGAAAAUAUUUAGGUGCUUACCCAACGUUCAUUACAUCAUUAAUAUUAAUUGGACUACAGACUGCAUUAGUUGAAGAGUUGUCUAAUUUAUUGGGUUGUACAGCAGGAAUAAAAACUGCUGUUACUGGUAUCAGUUUGGUUGCAUUAGGUACAUCAUUACCUGAUGUAUUUGUCAGUAGGACUGCUGCUAUCUGUGAUAAAAAUGCUGACAACAGUAUUGGCAAUAUUACAGGUUCCAAUAGUGUUAAUGUAUUUUUAGGUGUUGGACUGCCAUGGUUAAUUAGUGCAAUAAAUGCAAAAGUCAAGGGGAAACAGUAUUGUAUUUCAUCAGAGAAUAUUUUAGAAGCAAUAUCUUUCUACUUAAUUUGUGCUUUUUUAUGUUUAGGAAUGCUGAUAAUUCGUAGAAAGAUUUAUGAUGGGGAAUUAGGCGGACCGAUGUGUGCAAAACUGAUAUCAGGAAUUUCAUUAAUACUUUUAUGGAUUACAUAUGUUCUAUUACUGUCACUGGAAUCCUAUGAUGUAAUAAAUUGGGGUUUAGUUAGAAAACAAUCAACCUGUCUUUGA